AUGCCUGUCUCGUCAGACUUCUCAUCACCUGUCUAUUGGUCCAACCGAUUCGAAUCUGAGUCCUCGUUCGAAUGGUUGAUAUCGGAUGAAGACUUACUUCCAUUCUUAGAGGGAAAUCUACCUCAACCGUUUUCAGAUCAAGAUGACGAAUUGGUUUCGAUUCCGACAGUCAAUAACGAUGAUCAGCAACGGUCGACCAAUGCGAGUCCAACUCUGAAUAUUCUACAUUUCGGAUCAGGUACUUCCUCCUUAGGUUCAUCACUACAACGAUAUUUCGAUUCAGCCAAAUCUACGUCCAAGACAAAGGCAAAAGGAAAAUCCAGAGACAAAGUUCAAGUGUACGACUCAGAUUAUGUACCAACUCCUCAAUCAUCCCACCCUUCGGACGUCAAUGUACCAUUCAUAUUAUUAGAUGUAUUAUCACUACAAUCCCUGAAAUCGAAUACACCAGAGGGUAAAUGGGAUCUGAUAAUUGAUAAAUCAACUUGCGAUGCUAUAUCAUGUGGUGGUCCAUUACCCCGUUCGACAGUCGACCAAGGGGAGGAAGAGGAAAACGGAUCUCUAUCAAAUCGCAUAGAAAGAUUAUUAUACAAUUUAUCCAAAGUGACUAAAGUCGGUGGGAGGUGGAUAUCUACAUCUUACUCUUCUAAUAGAUUCGACGAUGAGAUAUAUACAAAAUACGGUUGGAAGUUGAUCAAAAAACAAAUGAUAUCUACUACUUAUAUACCUGGUGGGAGGAUCGUCAAGGAUCCGAGGAGUGGUGAGGAGAGGGUGGUACAUGAGCCUGAAACGGGGGUGUGGAUUUAUGUUCUAGAGAAAGUAUAG